UAUGGGGAACUGUUGUGGGGAGAAACAUUUGUUGACGGACCGUUCUCGAAGCGUACCAACCGGAUGUGCAAAAUCUAAACAUUCUGCACGUUCGUCCACGCUCCUGUCUGCCUGAACAACGGAUAAUUAUAAACGAAAACACAUUGAUAAGUAAUCAGUACGUACUCCGUCGAACACCGUGAAGAUGUCUUCUCCCGUCGAGAUGACAGAGAUGUACGACCACGCGCUGCUGGGGAUCCUGCAGCACGUCGGCAACGUUCAGGACUUCCUACAGGUCUACUUCGGCUUUUUGUACCGCAAAACUGACUUCUACCGCCUGCUGUCAUGUCCCAACGACCGAAUGGGCUUCCCUCCCGGCAUCGCAGAGAAGAUGGUUCAGAAGGCGUUUAAGAGCUUCGAACGGCUCUCGGAACAGGGCAGAGAUAGGCGACUGAAGGAGCUUAAACAGAAAGAAGAACCCAAAGCACCGCCUCCCGUAGAGCAGGAGGUGUUGGUGGAGUCAGUACCACAGCAGGACAACGCUGAACCAAACACAGAAGCAGUCCGAGUAGAGAAGUCUUCCUCAGAACCAGAGCCAUCUUCUGCAUGCUCCUCUCAACCCGACACGAGUCCACAGGCUACUACUGGUGGUCCUCCCCAGCCGUCCCAAGAUGCCAAGGCAGAGGCUUCAAGCACAGACUCGGCUUCAGCAACGAGUCAGACCCAGUACCAGGCAGACCCAGACAGCUACAAUGGAGCCACAAGGGAAAACUACAGCUGGUCCCAGGACUACACGGACGUGGAGAUCCGCGUGUUCGUCUCCAAGACGGUUGUCAAGGGCAGACAGGUGUUGGUGAACCUGCUGCCCGGCAGCGUGCGCGUGUGUGUACGGGACGGCGCCGAGGAACAAGUGCUGAUGGAGGGAGAACUGCCGCACAAGAUCAACACGGAGAACUCCCUGUGGAGCCUUGAGCCAGGGCGCUGUGUGGUGCUGUCUCUCAGUAAGGUCGGGGAGGUGUGGUGGAAUGCGGUGCUGAAAGGCGAGAAGGAGAUCGACAUUAACCAGAUCAACCGGGAGCGUGGCAUGGCGUCGGUGGACGAGGAGGAGCACGCCGUCCUGGACCGGCUCUCCUUCGACUACCACCAGAAGCUCCAAGGGAAGCCCCAGAGCCACGAGAUGAAGGUGCACGACAUGCUGAAGAAGGGGUGGGACGCUGAGGGCUCUCCGUUCCGGGGGCAGCAGUUCGACCCCACCAUGUUCGACAUCCCCCCCAGCGCGGUGCAGUUCUAAAUCAAACGCUCCCCCCGCGCGGACAGCGAGGGGGUUACUUACAAACUGUUGCUAUUUCAGGGCACGGGUUGGGGAGAGAAGGGGGGGAUUAAGAACAAAACAAGGUGUGAGGGACGAGGUAUGAGAGCCGUGCCUGGAUGAGAACUUCAGUGCCUGGCUUUAAAAAUGUCCUACUGAUUUUUAAAUGCGUUUUUUAAAGGAGCCUCUCUCUUGUCACCUGCUCACCGGAAAGCUCAAAUGUUAUCCCAAAAAGUUUGACAGUUAGAAUAUUGAACUUAUUUAUCCACUGUUGGAGGAUUGAGUCGAUGGUUGAAUUCAUGUGUUGGUUUGCCUUUCUGCCUAUUCGUUUUUGGCUUCUUUGUGUAAAAGUUGUGUGAAAAUAUUAAAUGGUUAUGAAUAAAAUGGAUCGUUUCCACUCUGAUGGUAAUUUGAGCAUGUUAGGUUAGAGGUUUCAGUCACCCAUGUUUAAAAUGUAUCUGUACGUCUUGCAUACUGGUUAAUAUUAGCUGAGAGACUUUCAAAAUCCUAAGAGGCUAACUAGUUGAGUAGUUUUUUAUUACUUGAUAUCAGACUCAACUCUUGUUCAAUGCUAAACUUCAUGCCGUGUGUGAUGCUCUCAUUGAGGAAGCAAUCCACAACAUAAGUCCCUGUAUUGACUUACCAUUGCAGCUAAAGGGCAGCAUAGUGGGGUUGCUGUAUCCUGUAAUGGGAGCCAUCCCUCCCCAAUCCUUAAUGAGCUCAUUCUGUAUUAAUUGUGAUGUCAAAAUGACUUCUUAAUUACUAAAAGGUAAACUAACUCGAAUCAUUCGAUUUUAAAGCCUCCACAAGCCCAGGUUGUGGUGUUCUACCAGCAAUAUAGGCCUAUCAAUCAAUCAGUCAGUUCCUUGGCUAUUUUGGUAUCGUAACGAAGCUAUUGCAGUUUCUCAUCAUCACCCUAU